AUGCAUCGGGAUGGCGUAAGACCGAGCAAUUUCACUUACCCAUUUGUCUUUAAGGCUUGCUCCACCCUAUCCUUGCUCAAAGUAGGUGAGCAGGUACACGCUCAUGUUGUUAAAUUCGGCUUUGAAUCUGACCUCUAUGUCAAUAAUUCAUUGAUUGACAUGUACUGUAAGUGCUCCCGUAUCAACUCUGCUCACCAUGUGUUGAAUGAAAUGCAAGAGAAAGAUGAAGUUUCCUGGAAUUCAAUCAUGUCUGGGUAUGUUCACGGGGGUGAGGUUGAAAAGGCACGGCAGUUGUUUGAAGAGAUGCCAGUAAGAAGGAAUGUUAUUUGUUGGACUAGUCUGAUAAAUGGGUAUGGAAAAGAAGGGAAUCUUGAGCAGAUGUUGAGUGUGUUCCUCCGGAUGCUUGUUUCAGACGACAACGUCAAACCCAACUCGGCAACGAUGGUUUGCCUUCUCUCAGCUUGUUCAAGCGUCUCUAAUCUCACCUUGGGUAGAUGGAUUUCAGUUUUCAUAGAUGUUAACGCGAUCCCUUUAAAUGUCAUCUUGUGCACUGCUCUCGUAGAUAUGCAUUCAAAAUGUGAGGAUGUAGAGAAGGCUAGGAGACUGUUCGACGUGAUGCCUUGUAAAAAUUUGGUUUCCUGGAACGCCAUGAUCACUGGGUAUGUUCAACGUGGGUUGCUAGAAGAGGCAAUCCAGCUGUUUUAUGCAAUGCAAACAGAGUCCGUGGAACCAAAUGAGAUCACAAUGGUGAAUGUCUUGUCGGCUUGCGCUGGUCUGGGGGCUCUAGAACUUGGAAGAGAAGUUCAUCUCUAUGUGGGUCAGAGCAGCUUGGAACUAAAUGAGAUUCUUGCAACUGCUCUAAUUGAUAUGUAUUCGAAAUGUGGCAGCAUAGACGAUGCUUGCUUGGUUUUUGUCAAGACAACCAAGAAAGAUGUAGCCUUGUGGAAUGCCAUGAUAAUGGGGCUUGCAUACCAUGGUAAUGGGAAAGAUUCUUUAGCUGUUUUCAGACAGAUGGAGAGGGACAAACCGAACCCAAAUGAUAUCACAUUUAUUGGGGUCCUAUCAGCAUGCAACCAUUCAGGAUUGGUGGAGGAGGGACGAGCUCAGUUUGAUAAGAUGGUUAACAAGCAUGGGCUGAGUCCCAAGGUUGAACACUAUGCUUGUAUGGUGGAUCUUCUAGGCCGAGCUGGGUACCUAAAUGAGGCAAUGGAAUUGAUAAAAGGCAUGGUAGUGCCACCUGAUUCAAUAAUUUGGGGUGCAUUACUCAGUGCCUGUAGAAUCCAUCGGGAUGUUGAAUUGGCCAGUGAGGUUGGUGAAAUGAUGCUUUCAUCGAAGGAUCCUUAUUUGGGUUUUUGUAUUUUAUUAUCGAACAUCUACGCUUCUGCAGGCAAGUGGAAGGAUGUUGCAAGAGUGAGGAGAUUGGUUAAGGAGAAGGGUAUUAAGAAGCCUUCUGGUCGUAGUUGGACAGAAAUAGAUGGUGUUGUCCACAGCUUUCUUGUAGAAGACACAGCUCAUAUGCAGUCUGAUGAGAUCUAUGAGACACUCCAUGCUCUUGUUAAACACUUGAAGGUUGAAGGAUAUUUACCUAAUUUCGAUUUUGAUUUUAGGCACAUUGAUGGGAUGUGA